UUCCCAGCAGUUUCGACUUAAGGUUGCGUCCUAUAGGGCACAAUGUAUAUUCUCUUACGUGUGUAUUCUUAAGGAGUAAACUGUUUAUGAAAAUAAUCCGAUAGCGGAACGUUUGCUAGCUGCUAACCUUUGAAAAUACUCCGUGCUUCGAGAAAGCGGGAGUUUUUUUUUGUUCCCUCUGUUUCAGCCAGCGGGGCUAAUAAUAAAAUACGGUGUUUAGUACUAUCAAGUCAUCGAAAUAGCCGUAUAAGAAAUGCUCCAAGGUUUUAGUCUUCGUGAGUGUUACUUAGUCGCAUUGUUUCUUAUGUGUAUGUAGGCUAUAACGUUACAGUCGUGUGUUCGCGAAUUCCAUCCGGUGUGUAAAACAAACUGAACUGAAAAACCGGCUUGUUGAUGUUAACUGUUACUUUGUUGAGAGGGCGAACCAGUCUCGGCUGCUCUCCCUUUGUUUGGGCUCAGGACUCGGCUGAAUCCAUUAGAGUUCCGUUUCAAACCUUCGAUUCGACCACUAACUCGAUUUUAGGAUGGCUCCACAAAAGCACGGCUCGGGUGGAAAUGGUUUUUAUGCGGGCACCACGGCUAAAGCCGCUAAUGGAGGAGCGCACGUAUCGUCCGCUGUUGUGAUGACUUCAGUGAAGCGACCCAAGAUGGAGCAGAUCCAAGCCGACCACGAACUCUUUCUUCAAGCGUUCGAGAAGCCAACUCAAAUAUACAGAUUUCUUAGGACAAGAAAUCUCAUAGCACCAAUCUUCCUGCACAGAACUCUUACAUACAUGGCCCACAGAAACGUGAGAACAAAUUCAAAAAGAAAGGGCUUCAACGUGAACGAUCUGCUGUUUAGAGUAGAGAAAUCAAAAGUGGAUCAGGAGUCCCACAACAUGGCUUCAAAUCUGCAGCUCACUUUCACUGGAUUCUUCCAUAAAACUGAUAAGCCAUUGCAAAACUCUGAGAAUGAAGAAAACUCAGUGUCCGUGGAAGUGCUGCUUGUUAAGGUCUGCCACAAGAAGAGAAAGGAUGUGAGUUGUCCAGUUAAGCAAGUUCCUACUGGCAAAAAGCAGGUGCCGCUGAACCCGGACAGCAGUCAAACCAAGCUGGGAAAUUUCCCCACGCUGGUGGUUCCCAGCCAAGAGUUCGAACCCAGUAACAGUCACAUGGUGAAGUCUUACUCCCUUCUGUUCAGAGUGUCUCGUCCAGGGGGGAGAGACAUCAGUGGGGUGACCAACAGAGAAACCAACGUAAUCGAAGAGUUGUCUAACAGAAAGAAGAGAUACUUCCCUCAUCAGGAUGAUGGGGAAACUACGUUUGUCGCACAAAUGACAGUUUUUGAUAAAAACAGACGCCUUCAGCUUUUGGAUGGGGAGUAUGAAGUUUCCAUGCAGGAGAUGGAGGAGAGUCCUGUAGGCAAAAAAAGGGCUACAUGGGAAACCAUACUAGAUGGCAAGUGGCUGCCACCCUUUGAGACCUUUUCUCAAGGACCCACACUGCAAUUCACUUUGCGAUGGACCAAUGACACAGCUGAGAGAGGAACGGCACCAGUGGCCAAACCGCUGGCCACACGCAAUUCAGAAUCAAGUGCGUUGGACAACAGCAAACCAAACAAUGUAAAGCCUCUGCAGGCAGUAGCUGUUGAUCCGGUCGGCAAUGAUCUGCCACUAAGAAGAGAGCAAACUCAGGUUGAACCUCGACAGAAACUCAGAGUUUAUUAUCAGUUCCUGUACAACAAUAACACACGGCAGCAGACGGAGGCCAGAGAUGACCUGCACUGUCCCUGGUGCACUCUGAACUGCCGUAACCUCUACAGCCUCCUCAAGCACCUGAAACUCUCGCACAAUCGCUUCAUUUUUAACUAUGUGCCUCAUCCUAAAGGAGCCAGGAUAGAUGUGUCGAUUAAUGAAUGCUAUGAUGGCUCUUACGUGGGCAAUCCUCAGGACAUACACUGCCAGCCUGGCUUUGCCUUCAGCCGUAAUGGACCAGUGAAGAGGACUACAGUGACACACUUCCUUGUCUGCAGACCCAAGCACUCAAAGCCCAGCCUCUCUGAGUUCCUGGAGUCUGAAGAUGGUGAUCAGGAACAGCAACGUACUUACAUCAGCGGGCACAACCGUCUGUACUUCCACAGCGACAGCUGCAUGCCGCUGAGACCGCAGGAGAUGGAUGUGGACAGUGAGGAUGAGAGGGACCCUGAUUGGCUCAGGGAGAAGACCGCUAUGCAAAUCGAGGAGUUCUUGGAUGUCAAUGAGGGCGAGAAAGAAGUGAUGAAACUGUGGAACCUGCAUGUAAUGAAACAAGGAUUCAUAGCUGACACCCAAAUGAAUCAGGCCUGCAUGUUGUUUGUAGAGCAGCACGGCACCACCAUUGUCAAUAAGAAUCUGUGCCGAAACAUUCUUCUCCAUCUGGUCAGCAUGCAUGACUUCGGCUUGGUCAAUACCAUGACCAUUGACAAAGCCAUGACUCACCUCAGAGAUCUGAAACAAGAAGAUGGCCAGGAACUGUCUCAAGACAAUGACACUAUCGGUCCUGCCGACGAUGGUGGUCCCAGCGGCGAAGGAGAAGUCAGUGUUUCAAAUCCAGUCAAGAACCAGAGUCUCUGAAACCUCCUGCCAGUGAUUGAUCCAUUUCAGAAUCUCCAUUGAAUCUAGUAUCAGUGGGCUUUAAGUGCCCGUGGAUGUGAGAAAUGCCACAUUCUGCACAGGCACUGAGUUAAAGGUGAUGUAGAGUUAGUAAAGGGUUGUGUGGUUUGAUGGCGCCAUGAUUAUUAUCUACAGAUCGUGAUUUUUGGCCUGACAUCAAUCUAAUGCGAAAAGCAAUUCUCUUUGUCGAUUGGAAUUACUUGAUGUCAUAAGUCCUCGUGAUGGACUACAUUAGCGGGUAAUUUCAAAAAUCUCCCUUUGUUUUUCUCUUCCCACACAACCCCGUAGCUCUAGCAAAUUUUUAGCACUUGUUUUAGGUGCCUGUUUUUAAAGGAACUAUGAAGAUGUUUUUUUUAAUAUAUUUUGAAUAUGGAUGGUUGAAAUGGCUCCUGCAAGCUUGCUUUUAUCGUAUACUUUUACAGGGGUUGGUGUACUUUUUCGGAAAACUUGAACUUUUUAGUUUUGCCCGUGUAUAGAUUUUUUUGUGUAUAGUUUUUCAACAUUUCUUUGACACUGUGGUUUGUGCCACCCCUAGAUACAGUUUUUCUUUUUUUGGCAUUUCAUCUGGACCAAAGUUUUGUUGGUCUGUUCUUGGUGACUAAAGCAAAUUUCCACAAUCUCGAACCACACUUGAAGACUUCACGAGACUCACAUCAAGGAAUGUCAGGAUGGGCAAUGCUGCAGACGGUCUACAUUGAAAAUGCGGUGUUUAAGUUUGCCGAGCCUUAACAGUGACCUUGCGACGUGGAUACCAACAGGUACAGGGUACGAAAAACACAGCAUGGUGAAAUGUCUCGCAGAAAUGUUUACACUUGCCUUACCCAUGAACACAUGGAUUCUUCAGCAGGGUUUGAACCUUUGGUGUACUUUAUGCAUUUAAAACUUUUAAAAGCAGGUUUACGUCAGUAAGCGCUGCUUUCGUUCACUGUUCGUAUCUUUCGGUGACAUUGUACUGCACACGACACUGUGUCCAGUCACAACCAAAUGCAUUAAGUCGAUCACCAAGCGUCUGCUCUGCAUAAUCCUUCCUUAUGCUUAUGUUUCCCAUGGAUUGAACUGUCUCUGGUGCCCAUUUGUUUUGAAUUUGCUUCGCUUUCAUGUGUUUCUGAGCAAUCUUGUUGUACGGUGUAUAUAAGUUUAGUCGUAUAAACUUGGCUUUGCUGAAGGUGAUUAUAUUAAGAUUAUUUUAGACCAAAGUGAAAUGGCUACAAUUUUUGUCUAGUUUUAUCAAGAUUUGAACUGAAAAAUGUAUGUCAUCCGUUUCCUUGCUGUAUGCAUCUGAUUUAAUAGAAGGGAGUCUUUUUUAUCAAUCUUUCCUGCUUUCCUAAGACUGUGCACUGGUAAAAAAAAAUGGUAAUCAUUUUUGAUCGAUGUUGAAGAUCAAUUAUUAGAAGUGGUUACACAACUCGCAUUAUGCUCCCAAUAGUUGCAUACAAAGACCAGCACCAGUUACACACAUUUGUUUGAUAUAAGAUGUUGUCAAAAAUAAAUAUAUCAUGAGUAUGGUAUAAACAUUAUGAAACCAGCUUGUUCAGUCAGUUAAAUAUACUGAGACAAGUGAUUGAGGUUUUCUAUUUAAAAUAAAGACUUGUUUCCCCCCAGUGGAUACCUCA